UCUCUAAUUAGGAGUCUCCAGCAUCACACUGACGAGGUGACCUGCUGCACCUUCUCCGCCUCCCUGCUGGCCACAGGUUCAGGAGACAAGAGCCUCAGGCUGUACGACACGGCGGACUUCUCCGAGCUCCCCUGCUCCCCUCUCUGGGCUCACGACUAUGGAGUCCGCAGCUGCUGCUUCACCCCCGCUGGGGAUUACCUGCUCAGCUGCUGCGCGGAUGGCUCCAUCCUGGUGUGGAGCUGCCGGUCCGGGGAGGUGGACUCGGAGCUGCAACACCCGAACCGUAGUCCUCUCCGGGUGUGUGCACUGGCCCCCGACUCCUCCCUCCUGAUAGCAGGGGCCAGUGAUGGAACUGUGGCCCUUUGGGACUUUCCCUCCAGAACAUUCCUCAGAUGUAACGAGGUGAGCGAGGCCAGUGUGUUGGCUUGUUGCUUCUCCCCCUGCAGUCACAUGGUGGCGACAGGUUGCUCCACGGGAGACCUGCGAAUUUGGGACAUUGACAACAACCUGCUGCACGCCGAGAAGAACGCCCACGACCUGGGGGUCACCUGCACCACCUUUGCACCCCACUCUGAAAUCGAGGACAGCCAUGGUCAGGUCCGCCUGGCCUCUGGUGGACAGGACAGCCAGGUGAAGAUUUGGGUGGUCUCUCAGCACGAAGGACACGCAUGUGUUGUGAAGCUUCUCCACACACUCUCCAGUCAGUGUGCUCCAGUUCUGUGCUGUGCCUUCUCCUCUGAUGGAAAGCUGGUAGUCGCAGGUUCAGUGGAUAAAAGUGUUGCAAUUUAUGAGACGGAGCGAGGAAUACUUCUACACACUUUAAAGCAACACAACGGGUACGUGACGGCUGUAGCUGUGUCUCCCAGCAUGCCCUGGUUGGCCACAGGCUCCAUGGACAGAAGCGUCCAUGUGUGGAAGAUAGGAGAUGGACCCCACACAGCUGGAAGUGAGCCGCAGGCCAUGUUUUCCAGGCCUCCGCUGCCUGCAUGGUCCGAGGAGGACGUGCAGGCUUGGCUACGUGAGGAAAGUCUGGAAGAUCUUCUCCAGGUCUUCCAGGCCAACAAGACUGACGGGGCGCAGCUGAGCCGACUAAGCAAGGAGACGAUGAUGGAGAUGGGAAUCGAGUCCACCCGCCUCCGUGCUCGCCUCCUGGGGAGGGUGGAGGCCCUGAAGGUGGAGCAGAGCGCCCCCGACUGUCCCGAAGAGUUUGUGUGUCCCAUCAGCAGAGAGCUGAUGAAGGAUCCUGUCAUCGCUGCAGACGGGUUUUCCUAUGAGCGAGAGUCCAUGGAGAGCUGGUUGAGAGGAAAGAAAAGAAGCAGUCCCAUGACUAACCUGCCCCUGAAGACCACCCUGCUCACACCCAACAGAGCACUGAAGAUGGCCAUAAGUCGAUGGAAGCGUGCCCAACUCUGACUCUCAUCAUGUUGUGUGCGACUCAUAAGAAAUCAUCUUAGUGAAAAUAAUAUAUAUUGAAGAAAAUUGUUGUGUGUACAGGGGAAGACUGCACACACUGUCGUUUAGCUCUAAAUGUAUUAUUAAACACUAUAAACAAGGCAAUGGAGUGUGACUAAUCCAGAAUAUGUCUGGUG